UUCUUUUUUUUUUUUCUUUUUUUUUUCCUCGUCAAAUUUGUGUUUCUUUUUGUACAAAAUUUCCUUCCGUUUCCUCUGAAUAAAAUUCCCCCCUCUAUCCUGAUCUAAUCCAAAUUUGGAGUAUUCUCGAAGGUAGUACAAGAGAUAAGGUCCAAAGCUCAAUACCAGAGUGAUUUGAUUUCUCAACCGGAGGGAAUUGAAAAAAUACCCUCCAUUUUUCAGGAUUAUCAAAUUUCAAGGGAGUUCUCAAACUCUGGGUAGAGACAGAAAGAUGCACAUUCAAUUGUCAUAACCCAUAAUUGUGAGGAGCACACGGUGUACUGUAGAUACACAUGAUUGCAUUGUUCUGUAGAAGGAGUAUGUCGAUGCAGAUAGAUUGUUUCGCGAGGAAGCUCUUUUGUUCGUCAUCAUCACCUUUGGUUUCUGUACCACUUCCUUCUCGAAGGGAAACCCAUCUUUGGUACGUUAUACCUGAUGAAGUAAAGGAUGCAUCCCUCCAAAAUCAGUAUAUGAAGCUAUUAUCACCAUGUGAGAAGAAAACUGUUUUACAGAUGCAAGGAGACAGACUUCAGAAAGGAGCCUUGCUAGCUCGUGCUCUGGUGCGCACUACUCUUGCAAGAUAUACAGACACACAAGUCAGUCCAAAUUUGUUGAAGUUCCAGAAGAAUAAUUUUGGGAAACCAGAGGUAGAAUGGAAGCAUGAUGUACAGUGGAACCCACCAUCCUUGCAUUUUAACAUCUCACAUUCAUCAUCUUUGAUAGCCUGUGGUGUAACUGUAGAUAUGCCUAUAGGAAUUGAUGUCGAAGAGAAGCAAAGGAAGGCAAAGACUAGUACCAUGGCUUUUGCUCGACGUUAUUUCUCACCUCAUGAAGUGGAACGCUUGCAAGCAAUUGCGGAUCCCGAGGUUCAACGGCAUGAGUUUAUCAAAUUGUGGACACUUAAGGAAGCAUAUGUCAAAGCACUGGGCAGGGGUUUCUCGGCUUCACCUUUCAAGACUUUUGCCAUCCAAUUCAGACGGAAACCUAAAUCCCGCUUACAUGUUACCCUGGAUUCUCACUCCGAGGAUUUUAAAAUAGUUGUUGAACCUCUCAAUGCUUCUGAGGAUGUCAAAACUAAUUGGCAGUUUGGACUAUUUGAACUGGCAAGAUCACAUUAUGCAGCCAUUUGCAUAGGAAACAACAAGACAACGGAAGGCGAAGAGAAUCACCCACUAAAAUUGAAGGUCUGGAGGACCAUCCCGUUCGUAGAAGAUGAAUGUGUUUCUGGAUCUGAUUCGGUUGUAGCUCUCAGUGGACUGACCUAGAGCUAGAGGUUUAUGAACAUCGAAAAACAUUUACCUAGCUUCAUAUGGCCCUAGAUCCCCACUGUCUGGCCCUAGAACCCCACUAUCUGACAAGAACGUCCUAAGAUGCAAUAAAUUGAGUCGGAAGGUACAGUGCGCUGGUUGUUUGGGCGGGGCUUCUGCUGGUUUGUCGAAGGCAGAGAAAACAACAUUCGAUGUGAAGCUUUAGAAAUUUGAUGCGGCCUCCAAGAUCAAGGUUUUGGACGAGGCUAAAGCAUUUACUGGUCUAGGAUCGAAGGAGGUUGAGGAACUAGGGGAGAAGUCGCUGGUUAUAAUGAAGCAAGGAGCAGGCAGGCGUAAUUCUAGGGAAACUGAAAGCUAUUGGUGGUGGAACUCAGCGAUGGAGUGAAGUGAUUGACUGUUGCGACUUACGUGAGUUUUUUAUGGGUUUUGUGCAGGCAUGCACAUAUUUUUGGGAAUUUUAUGGAAUUGAGAAAUCCCAUAAUGCACAAAUAUUCCAUUGGAUGAGUUCUAACCCACUAAGGCAGACGUCGAAGAAGAUUCAGGCAUACAGUUUAUACAUUUUUAGUUUUUUUAAUGUUCUCUUGAUUAUGAUGUCAAAUAAUAGCUUGGGGGGUUCAGCUUGAUAUCUAGUUAUUCUUUCUGUGCCA